AAACCGGAAGUGAGGUCAGACACGUGUUCGGUCCUUACGGUUCGGUCGCAAAUCGGAGGGUCAUGGAGCGGCUAAAACGGUUCUGUUUAGGAUGUGACCAUUAAUGAUGCUGCAGUCAUGCAGUCAGAGCGGCGCUCCGAAUCUCAAAAGUCAUGUCCAUCUGCACCAUGUGCCUUUUGGCCAGUGGACCUCAAGUUAACUCACUUGGACUGGAACCCUGAAGCAUCCUUGAUUCACUUCCAGGGACAGUACCUAACCAUAUGUGAUCUCGACUAUAACAUCCUGCAAGGGGAAAUACAGAACAUACCAAAGACCAAAGCUGCAGUAGAUAUUGGAGAGUUUUGCCUUGUUGAAGAUUUGGCUUCAGGCCGCUGGUACAGAGGAAGAGUUCAGAACCAAAAAGAUGACUUGUUUGAUGUUUUCCUCAUAGAUCAUGGUAAUGUCUUGAGUGUUGACAUUACCCACAUAUCUUCCUGUUCAAAUGACCUAUUCAUCCUCCCUCCCAAGAUAGUUUCCGGCUUUCUUGCAAAUGUACUGCCUCUUCAAGGUUGUUCUCGUUCUGUGGUGGAGGUGUAUUUCUCAAGCCUAAUUGGUAGAAAUGUCACUGGUUAUAUCCAAGCUCUCCUGCCCCACAAAGUGCUCUUAUUGGAAGCCCCUGAAAUCAACAUUGACCUUGUUAAACAUGGGUUCGGGAGGCACGUGGACACAGAUACUUUCCUCUUCUUGGUUGGGAUGCUCACAGAGGUGCCGCUCAAGCAAAACACAGAGCCAGCUCCUGACUUACUCAUUGAAAAGCCAAGGGGACUUGAAUUUUGCUUCAAAACGUUUGGCAUGCAUGGAUACGAAGAUAUUCUCUCUUUCUGUGGGCCUAGAUUGAGUUGUGGGACACGUGCUAAAGUGCGUGUAACUGCUGCUGUCAACCCAGGGCUGUUUUACUGUAGGAUGACAAGUAUGGAAACAGAUCUUUGGGUAAUGUCAAAGAAGCUGGCUGCAGUUAAUGAGUCCCAAACCAAAGAACGCAAUCAGAAGACUCCAGAAAACCUGGGCUUACUGUGCUCAGUCAAAGGAAAAGAUGGAAAAUGGUACAGAGGCUUUGUGCAGUUUCUCCCUGUCAACUCUCAACUUCGAGUUUUGUUCAUUGACUAUGGAUUCUUUGAAAAUGUCAACGUUGACAAUGUCCACAGGUUGCCACAUGACUUCUUCUCAACACCCAUCAUGGCAUUCCCAUGCUCGCUUUCCUCCCUGAGUGAUGAGGCAGUCAAAACUCAGCAGUUGAGUUUUCUUCAGGCAGGCUUGCUUGGAAGAGUGUUAGAUGUGGAGAUUAAUAGUUUUGAUGAAGAACAGCACUUGUACUCUAUCACAGUAAUUGGUGCUGAAGAUAAUGAUGCGACAGAACCAGAGCCCGUCCAAGAGCUUCCGAGAAUAAAAGUUGAGUCAGUUUUUGAGACAGCAGAAUUGUCCCCUCAGGGAGGCAAUUUAUACUAUGAGACAGUUAUGGGUGAAGAAUUGGAUAAGACACUGGUAGAAGAAGAUGUGCAUGUUGACUCUGUCUUUGUGGGGUUUGUUGAGCAUGUCCAGAAUCCAAACAACUUCUGGAUCAGAACACAGAAACGCAAUGAUGAGUUUGAAGAAAUGAUGAAAGAACUGACAGAUAACUUUAGUCAAGUGAAGCUGGAUGAAGAUGUGCUGUCAAGUCCUGAGCUUGGAACAUUGUGUUGUGCAGUUUAUGAGAAAGACAUGCAUUUCUACAGAGGUGUCGUGACAGACACUCUUGUCCAUGGAGCUGAAAUUCUUUUUAUUGAUUUUGGAAACAUUGAAAAAGUGCCACACAUGUUGAUCAAGAAGAUACCUGAGACACUUGCCAGCAAAUCUGCAUUUGCCUUCUGUUGUACUCUUGUUAAUGUCAUGCCUUCAGAUGAUGUCUGGACGAGUGCCGCCUCUGACUUUUUCAGACGAGCAGUGUCAAACAAAGCCCUCCUAGUCCAUGUUGUACAGAUGAGAAAAAACAAAUUUGUUGUUGAUCUCUAUGAGAUGGGAAGUGACAAUAAGCAAAGUAUCACUGAGCUCCUGAUUGCUUCCAAGCAAGCCGAUUACUGGAACAACAUUGCCAUAGAGCCUGUGGUGCAAAACAACAAAGAAUUGACAGAAACAAAGUGUGCAAGAGACAGUGUGACAUCAGACGUCAAUGGUAAUGAAGAGCAAUUGAAGGAUUUUGAGGAAGAAGACAAAACAUACCAAAAUCAAACUGAGAAGGCCGAAGCCUCUCCUUACUUCAAAGCCUUAAGCAUCGAGCCUGGGUGUAAUUUUGCUGUGUGUUGCUCUUACGUCAAGUCUCCAUCGGAUUUCUGGUGCCAGCCUCUCGAUAAAGUCCCAGCUUUGGAGGAACUGAUGUAUAGAAUUAAUCAAUAUUACUCAACUUGCACAGUUCCCCUCCAACCAGGGGAUUCAUGUUGCGUGGCUAAGUCGCCUCAAGACGGAAGAUGGUACAGAGCCGUCAUCAUAAAGAGACAGGAUGGUCUUGCCACAGUGACAUUGGUAGACUAUGGCUUUACCUUCCAAAUCAAGGAGCACAAUCUUGAGGGAAUUGUGCCAGAAUUUGUCUAUUUGGAAAGACAAGCUUUCAGGUGCAGCCUGUACAACCUCAUGAAACCUGCUGACUCCAAGAACAGUGGGAAUUGGAGUCCGGAGGAGUGUAAUUUGCUGAAAGAUUUGGUCCAUGAGCGCACCAGUGGCCUAAGAUGUGAGAUUGUCUCUCAGUUGAAUGUGAAAACCAAAGGGCUGUACAAUGUUGUGGAACUCUACAACACCCAAACCCAAAAGAGCAUAACAAAUUUGCUUUUGAAACAGAGGCUAACAAAAGAAGUGACAAUCUCAACAAAGCAAGUGUCAGCAGUGUUUCCCGAGACUUUUGUUUACUCUUCAAAUAAUCUAAGCCCUGGAAAUGAAGAACAAGUCUUUGUCACUCAUGUUGGUAGUCAGUGGGAGAUCUACUGCCACCUUGAGAGAAACACGGAAAUCAUUGAAGAGCUCAAAAUGAAAAUCUCAGAGGAGAGUAAGACAAUGAUGCAAGCCAGUAAGAGAGCAGCUCUGAGGAAGCUGUGUCUGGCAAAAUACUUUGAUGGCAGAUGGUACAGGGGCAUGACACAUCCUGUUCAGUCACCUCUUCAUCUCAGUGUGUUUUUUGUGGAUUAUGGAAACACAAACAUAUCUGAGAAAACCCAUGUCAUGUUUAUCCCCAAAGACUCUGCUGAUUUGUUGUACAUCCCCAUGCAGGCUGUUAAAUGCCACCUUGCAACAGUGUCCAAGGAAGAGCUCUAUGCAGAUGUCAAAGAAUGGCUUGAUGGUGCAAUCCUCAACAAGCAAUUGAGAGCCAUUAUUGUUGGAAAGAGAGAAGAUGGUUCAUUUGAUGUUGAGCUGUUUGAUGGUGAUGUUAACAUCAAUGAGAAGGUAAAGGAGCUCGUUCUCAGUCUUUCACCAAAACCAACGGCAGUUGCGAGUUUUGACAUGAGCAGCACAAAGACACAACAUCAAACUUGCCAAACAAGAAAGGCAAAGACUUCAGUUAAUCACAAGAGUCAACAAAAAGUGCAGUCCUCAUAUUCCCCCACAUUGAAUGCCUGCAGACGGGGAAAAAUACCUGUUCACAGGAAACCUCUGAUCAAGAACACACAAGUAAAACAGCAAAAUAAUGCCAAUACAAAGAGCUGUGCUCCUGUAAAACCUCUGAAAACUACUCAAGCAAAACAACAAAGAGAGUAUCGUGAAACGGACACAAACUCAGAACAACCACAAUAUACUGAGAAAACAGAGAUCCCUCAACAGUUGUGUUUGCCGAACAUGAAAGUCAACGCAGGAUUCAGGGCAAAAUGUUUUGUCUCCCACAUCAACACUGUCGACAGUUUUUUCCUUCAACUGUCAGAGGAUGAACCUGCCAUUUUGAAAAUGGUGGAAGAUCUCAACUCAAGUGUAGUCAGAGAUUCCUUGACGACCACCACUGUGUCUUUGAGAAUCAAUGACCUUGUUCUGGCUGAGUAUGAGGAAGAUGGUGCUCUGUAUCGUUCCACGGUGAAGGACUAUGAAGGAAGUUCCUGUUUUAAAAUUGAGUUUGUGGACUAUGGAAACUCAGCUGUUGUGGGGAAGGAGAAGAUCUACUCCAUACCAAAGGAGUAUCUCUGUCAGUCAAGAUUCAGUAUACCAUGCUCGCUGUUGGACACAAGUAAAUACGAAAAUGAUGCUUCCUUCACUGAUGCUGUAAUGGAGAAACCUCUCAUGGUUGAUUUUGUCCUUCAACAUGAAACUCAUUGGGAUGUCAAGGUUGAGAUUCUUGAUGAAGCAGCACUUGAAGUAGCUGUUGAAAGUAGCAAUGUAACUGAAAAUGAAUGUGAUGCUCCUGUGUGUUCACCUGAAAUGGAAAAGAAAGCGGGAAGCUGUGAAGAGAACUACCUGAGAAAGGAAAUACGUGAGAAUGAACCAACCAAAUCUGAAACCACUGUUAAUGUUGAGAACUUCAUGCUGAAACCAUCACCCGCCACACUUCCACAUAAACUAGAAGCACAUCCGACACCCACCAGAAACAUGGUUGAUUCCGAGAAUGAAAGAAAAACCUCAAAAUCCUCUGUCGAAGCAAAGAGCGACUGCACAGAAGUCAUACCUCAGAAUAUUAAAGUUAAAGACACAGAGAAUGGCACAGUUCUGUCAGUUCUAAGUAAUGGCAAUUUUUAUGCUAGACUGAGUAAGACCAGUGAACUUCUUGCAGCAUUGCAAUGUCACAUAACUGACAGCCUGUACAUGUGUGAGAUGGUGGCUGAAGAGGAUGUCAAACGAGGCCUCAAGUGCUUAGUUCAGGUACAUGAAGAUGAACAGUGGCACAGGGCUGUUGUUCAGCAUGUAGGCCUCGCCAAAUGCCAGGUCCUCCUCGUGGAUCAUGGAAUAACAGAAGAAAUUCCAAGUGGCUCAAUUCGACAACAAUGCAGUGAGCUGACAAAAACCCAGAACCUUGCAGUUUUGUGCAAGGUGAACUGCAGAGAAGAGGAUCCUCAUGAAUUGUGGUGUGGAACUCUCAAACCCAUGAUAGGCAAAGAACUCAAGCUGGUGUUUGUAAGUUAUUCAGAAGCUGAGGAACUUUGGACAGUUGAAAUAGUGAUCAAUAGACAGUUCCUCCCUCGCCAAAUCACAAAGUCGCUGCAGCAGAAUAAAGAGGUGAUCCCGUCCCCCACUGACACCCAAAAUGAGUCAGAAGGACCAUCCAGCUUGGACACAAGCCCUCCUCAGCAGCUCGUCUUUGCUCCGACCGAUCUCGACAAAUCGUAUUCUGGCUUUGCUGCUGCAGUGACGACUCCAUUCGAGUUUUGUGUUGUUCUGGAGGACUUGCUUCUCGACAUGAACAAAGUCUCCUUAAUGUUGGACAACCUCCCUGAACUGAUGUCUCCUCUUCCUGAAAACCACUUCGUCCCUGGUACCGGCUGUCUGUUGAAAUCUGACACCAUCAACAAGUGGUGCAGAGCAGAAAUUGUCCAAGCCGAUAACCCUGCCAUUCUAAACCUGGUGGACUACGGUCAUUACGAAUGCUUCCUGUAUGAAGACUUCUCCGAACUGAAGAGACUCCCUGAGGAGAUGACUAACAUCCCGAAGGUGACAUAUCCCUGCAUCCUGAGAGGGGUGAAGCCAGUUGGAGGAGAUGGACAGUGGACUGAUGAAGCAACAGUGUUCUUCCAGCAGUGUUUGUACCAGAAGAAUCUCCAAAUCUUCUUCAGAGAGUUUGUGUCAGAAACACACUGGAAGGUGGACGUUCUGACAGACGGGGUCCAUGUUGCCAAGGAACUGGUGGAUGCUGGACACGCUGGCUAUAUAGACCUCAUGCUAGGACUGAGGUUUCAGGAACCGAGCCCCUGUAAAGCUGCUGCUCAAAGCCCUGACAGUGAGGAAGAGUGUGGCCAGGAAGAUGAAGGCUCUGACGGGAAGUCAGAUCUCUGCGCUCAGUCUCUUGGUGAAGCAGAGGGGAAGAUGUCACGCAGCUCUGUGUCUGGAUCUAGUCCGUGUUUUCUGAUGUGAAGGCAGUCUCAUCAUGUCGUGUUGCUAAAAUGAACAGCGAUGCAGAGAUUUCCUUCCUCCCGAUGUCACAUUAAUCCAAGUGAGAGGCUGCUUGUUGGACAUUUUUGUUAAACGGAGCCUUAGCACUUUGGCCCAGCAUGAACAAAAAAGUGAUUUAUUACACUUUAAAUGACAAAUGUUACCUUUAAUUUACCUUUUAAAUAUGAAUAAUUUUUAUAUUGUUUUAUUGACUUAGUUUGAGUAUUACUAUGUUGUUUUACUUAAAAGAAUAAGAAAGAGAGUUUUCAGUUGUGUUUUAUUAAGAUCUAAAUGUCACACAGGGUUCUUUAUAUUGAUAAAUGUUGAUGGAUGUUCAGUUUUAUUUGCAAUCAGUGCCUUCUGUUGAAUAUAUGUUGAGUUAAAUGUAAAAGGCCUUUUCAGGUGCAAAAUUAAAUUCUUAUUGAUAUCUGCAUAACAUUUUUUGUUCUCUUAAGUAAUAGUGGGUCUGAUGUUAAUUUAGAGGCAGGAGGAAAACUGAAAUUUUCUCUGUAGUCAGUUCAGUUUAUGGUUUUUACCACUGGAGUGCGCUGUUGUGUCAAACUAUUUAUUCUUAAAGUCCUGUGUUUAUGACUGUUGGAUUCAACCAGUAACCUUUGGUGUGUGUUCACAUCAGUAAAGGCCAAUGACAAACCCAA